UUCAAUUAGUUCUUCGUUGAUUUUCUUAUUUGUGCUGUUAUCGUUUUUCGGAGAAUGGCUGCAUUUGGUAAAAUUGCGAAUCGAGUGUUAAAUUUAACACCAAAUUUGCGACCAUUACAAAGAAAUCUUCACAAAUUAAACAGUGCCAAAAGUGUGCCAAAGAAUUAUACAAAAUAUUUAGUGCUUGUGGGUGGUGGUCUGACCGCGUUGAUAUGUACAAAUUAUCUCAAAAGCGAACGUUUAGACGCUGCUUUUCGCAUGCGAAAGAGCGAAGAUGAAAAUUUGCUUAAGAAAUUGACGUCACGUGAGCGCCGCUUCAUCAAGUUCGCAUCGGUGGAAUACCGCGGCCAAUUGUAUAUGACACCGCAAGAUUUCCUAGAUUCUGUGGUUGAGCAAGAGCCAAGACCACGCCUGAAACGACGCAUGCUGAGUGACCAAGACUUGCAGACCAUAAAAGACAACACACCGCCCUUGAAGAAAGGCUCAAAAAUGCUAUUUCGCACACUAAGAGACAGAGGCAUUGUUUCGUACACAGAGUAUCUCUUCCUGUUAUCCGUUUUGACAAAGCCCAUUUCUGGUUUUCGCAUUGCAUUUAAUAUGUUCGACACUGACGGCAAUCAACGCGUUGAAAAGGAUGAAUUCCUGGUGAUUUUGAGAAUUUUGGGUGGUACUUUCAAGCAGUCUAAAGUCGACGAAGAAACGCGUAAGCUUUUGUUAAGUUUACUUUGGACUCAAGAAACUGCGGAUGAAAUAUUUUUCAAAGCUACAAAAAAAGCUGAAGAAAGCAACGAUAUGGAAAGCAUUUUUAGUGGUGUCUGGAAGGAUAAACGACGUUCCAAGGACGAUAGCGAUAAAAAGCAAUCGAAAAAUGAACCUGUAAAACGCGCACAGGACGAUUACAUUGCUGACGAUGAGGGCCUACAGCGCAAACAUCGCAUCGAUACCACACUACAGAUCCAUUUGUUUGGCAAGAAGGGCAAUCAGGACCUCAACUACGAUGGCUUCUACAAAUUCAUGGACAAUCUACAGACAGAGGUGCUCGAAUUGGAGUUCAAUGAGUUUUCCAAAGGCAAUGUGGCGAUCACAGAAAAUGAUUUUGCAAAAAUCUUACUACGUUACACCUAUUUGAAUACGGAGGAAUACGAUGCAUAUUUGGAGCGUCUGAUGGAUCGCGUUAAAGAGGAACGCGGCAUAACGUUCGAUGAGUUUCGUGACUUCUGUCGCUUCCUCAACAAUUUGGAGGACUUUGCAAUCGCUAUGCGCAUGUAUACGCUGGCCGAUCGUGCCAUCUCACAAAGUGAAUUCUCGCGCGCUGUGAAAAUUUGCACUGGCUUCAGCCUUAGUAAACAUUUGAUUGAUACGGUUUUUGCCAUUUUCGAUGACAAUGGUGACGGUAUGCUGUCCUACAGAGAGUUCAUCGCCAUCAUGAAGGAUCGUGUGCAUCGUGGCUUCAAAUCCAACGCCAAAUCGGAGGGCUGGGACGCUUUCCGGCACUGUGUGAAGCACGAAAUGAAGCACGCCGAAUCCAAAUAAAGCGAAAAAAACAGUUUUCUGCGAUAUGCUUUUUGUUUGAACGAAAAGCUUGACAACGAAAAAAGUCCAAGCGCGUUUCUUUAUAUAAAAGUCGUGAAAAUACUAGCAAACAAAAAAUACCAAAUAUAUUACGAAAUAAUAGCACAAAUUUUUUAAUUAAUAAUUAAUUACCAAAAAAUUAACAAUUGCAAAAAAUUUAAUAAUUGCAAACAAAUAAUAAUUGCAAAAAAUAAUAAUUAAUUUAAAAAAAUUUAAUUAUUUAUUAAAAAAUAAUAAUAAUUAAUUACAAAAAAAUUAAUAAUUACCAAAAAAUUAAUUAAUUACAAAAAAUUUAAUUGUUAAUUAAAAAAAUUAAUUAUUAAUUAAAAAAAUUAAUUAUUAAUUAAAAAAAAAUUAUUAUUAAUUAAAAAAAAUAAUAAUAAUUUGUUACAAAUUAAAUUCAAACAACUGCAUACCCGCUACUAAAAAACUAUAGUCAAAGAAAACAAGAUUUCGAAUAUGAAAAAUAUUUAUUAAAAUCGCAUUAAAAGCCGCGUGCUGUAGGCAAGCCAAAGUUAGCUAGCAAAUUACGUAUUAUUUAUAUAUUUGUAAAUUACUGCAUUUACAUAUAUGUAUGUAUGUAUAUGCAUAUGUAAAUCUGUGUUUAUUAUUUCUUUUUAAUUUAAAAUUUCAGUAAUUUUCAAGCAAGUUGAGUUUUUGCAAAUGCAAAAUUAUUAUUUUCGUGUGUAGUAAAUUAUUUUAUGUAUCAGUUACAAUUAUAUACAUAUGUAUGUAUAAACUUAUUUAUUAAAUCGCCAUGUUAUGUUUGUGAGUUUGUUUAAUUGUUGCCAAUUGUAUUUUUGUUGACUAAUUUUAGUUAAUUUUUCAUUGCUAAUAUUAUUUGUUAAAUAUUGAACGCAGUGCUGGCACUCGGCUGCUUAACGCUAUACAAACAAAAAAUACAUACAUAAAUACUUAAAUGUACAUAUGUAUGUAUGUGCUAAAUGAGCGUUUAAGUAAAAUUUAAUUGUUACCAAAAAAAGAAAAGAUCAUAAACAAAUAAAAACGUGAUAAUAAAAAGCUAUAA